GGCGGGGCCAAUCGCGGGUGGCGUUGGUGGAUGUGUGCGUCGGAGGCCGGGGCUGCUCCCCUUUCUCUCCCGUACGCGGCGGGGCCGGCGGCGGGCGCAGGCUCUUGAAGCAAUAGGCUGUUGGAUUUUGAUCCCGCCCAGAAUACUUGAGUUUUUGUCAGCAAGAAUAUAUAAUAACGGUUUUGCUUGUCCUCGUAAGAAAAAAAGGCAAUGGAGACUGAACAACAGGAGGAGACCUUUACCAACACAGAGACAAAUGACCUCUCUACAGGCAAACGUCCGGCAGAAGAUAUGGAGGAAGAGCAGGCCUUCAAAAGAUCUCGGAACACCGAUGAGAUGGUUGAAUUGCGCAUCUUGCUUCAGAGCAAGAAUGCUGGAGCAGUGAUUGGAAAAGGUGGCAAAAAUAUUAAAGCACUUCGUACAGACUACAAUGCCAGUGUUUCAGUCCCAGACAGCAGUGGCCCCGAGCGCAUCUUGAGUAUAAGUGCAGAUAUAGAGACAAUUGGAGAAAUCUUGAAGAAGAUUAUCCCUACUUUAGAAGAGUAUCAACACUACAAAGGCAGCGACUUCGACUGCGAACUUCGACUUCUUAUUCACCAGAGUUUGGCAGGAGGCAUUAUCGGUGUCAAGGGUGCUAAAAUUAAAGAACUCAGAGAGAACACUCAGACCACCAUUAAGCUCUUUCAAGAGUGUUGUCCUCACUCAACUGACAGAGUGGUGCUUAUUGGUGGCAAACCUGAUAGGGUUGUUGAGUGCAUCAAGAUUAUCUUGGAUCUUAUCUCUGAGUCUCCAAUUAAAGGACGAGCCCAGCCGUAUGAUCCCAAUUUCUAUGAUGAAACAUAUGACUAUGGUGGCUUCACAAUGAUGUUUGAUGAUAGAAGGGGACGGCCAGUGGGCUUUCCAAUGCGUGGAAGAGGAGGUUUUGAUCGAAUGCCUCCUGGUCGUGGUGGACGACCUAUGCCUCCCUCGAGAAGAGACUAUGAUGAUAUGAGCCCUCGCAGAGGACCUCCUCCACCUCCCCCAGGUCGUGGUGUUAGAGGUGGCAACAGAGCUCGUAAUCUUCCUCUUCCUCCUCCUCCACCUCCUCGUGGCGGAGAUCUGAUGUCCUAUGAUCGAAGGGGCAGACCGGGAGACCGUUACGAUGGCAUGAUGAUGCAGUGUCAUGUGGAUGCCUGUGAUGACAUGCAGCCACCAGAGCUGUUCGAGGGUGGCUCCGGUUAUGAUUAUUCUUAUGCAGGGGGGCGUGGUUCAUAUGGAGAUCUUGGUGGACCCAUCAUCACAACACAAGUAACGAUUCCCAAAGAUUUGGCAGGAUCUAUUAUUGGAAAGGGAGGCCAGAGAAUCAAACAAAUACGUCAUGAGUCAGGAGCUUCGAUCAAAAUUGAUGAACCACUAGAAGGCUCAGAAGAUCGGAUAAUAACUAUUACAGGAACACAGGACCAGAUACAAAAUGCACAGUAUUUGCUGCAGAACAGUGUGAAGCAGUAUGCAGAUGUUGAAGGAUUCUAAUGCAAGAUUAUUUUUUCUUUUUUAUAGUGUGAAGCAGUAUUCUGGAAAGUUUUUCUAAGACUAGUGAAGAACUGAAGGAGUCCUGCACCCUUUUUUUUUUUUUUUAAUCUGCUUCUGUUUUAAAAGCCAACAUUCCUCUGCUUCAUAGGUGUUCUGCAUUUGAGGUGUAGUGGAAUCUUUGCUGUACACCAGAUGUAAUGUUUUAAAUUCCUUACAAAUACAUGGGGGGGAAGGGCGCACGAGACUAACAUUGAAAUUUUUAAGCAGCAGAGAGAGUGAAUUCUAUUUUUGUUCAUUGUUGGUGGUAAAUUGUACUGUUUUUAUGUAACUGUUGUGAACACCCUGCUUUUAUGUACACUGUACUUUGAAAGGGGGAGAAUAUGGUAGGCCACAUGUCCCUGGCAUUUGUUGAGAGCAGCGUGCAGAAUGUAAUGCAUUUUUGUAAGAAACAUUUUAGGAUUUUUAAAUAAAUUUAGUGAACUUA